AUGGGCUUCACUUUGUCCCAGAAGGAGACUCAGGCUAGCAAGAAGGUGUGGCUGCUGGCCGUGGCAGCUUGUGCUAUCUUGUGUUGCUGCAUGCCUGGAGAUUUCGGCAGGGAGACCUGCCUGGCCAAUUUGUCCAUGGUGCGAGCGUUGAGGAGGAGUUGCCACUGCCUUAGCUUUGCAGAGCGCGGCUCCAUUUUGAGUACUGCGUUGGCGAAGCUCUUGGAGAGGGAGCCUUUGGUGUGGUCUAUGCAAGGGGCUGUGACAGGGUUCGAGGGAAGUGUUGUGCCUCAGUGGCAGGCGGCGGUGAAGAUGGUGGACAAGGUCGAGACACCGCCUGCAGUCAUUCGCCGAGAAGCGGAGUUGAUGAAGUCCCUCUCCCAUGCCAACAUCGUCCGCUUCCAUGCUGUCUAUUUCGAGAGGUGCUUCGUGUGCAUCGUCAUGGACAAGUACGGCGGAGGAGAUCUUGUCGAUGGCAUGCAGAUGCACAUGAAGGAGCAUGGCAAGAUUAAUCCCAGAGACAUCGUCCAUGUCAGCUAUCAGAUGGCGGCCUCGAUCAAGUACCUUCAUGAGCGGCACAUCGCCCAUCGUGACAUCAAGGGGGACAACUUCUUGAUCACGACCCGGGACCUCAGAGACCAGGAGUGCAAAGUGGCUCUGAGUGACUUCGGUACGGCGGAGCUCGUGGAAGGACAGAGGCGCUUGUCAUCCGAAGUUGGUACCAGGAUCUUCUGGGCGCCGGAGAUUUUUGGAAAGAGCUAUGGCUUGAAGGUCGAUGUCUGGGCCCUCGGAAUCAUCAUGUACGGCCUGCUGGAUGGGCGCUUUCCCUUCAAGGAUGAGCACGACAUCAAGACGAAAGAGCCCAAGUACCCCAAAAGGCUGGAGCCCCUGUGCCAAGACUUCAUUCGAGUCAUGCUGCUCAAGGAGGAGGACGUGCGCGCAACUGCAGAAGAUGUCAUGGUGCAUCGAUGGCUGUCAAGCUUUGCAGGCCGCACGCGAGACAAGGAUCAGUCCGAGGACUUGGAGAAGAUGCCAAGCUCAGAAUCGAGAAAUGGCCGGCGGCGAAGCUCAGAGUCCUUGGAGGUGCCAGUCCAGCCAUUCGAGCACGAGGAGCCCAACUGCAGUGUUGCUGAGAGACGACGUGAACUCAUGGAGCGGUUGAACAACGAGCACGCGAAGGGCCCGGCAGCGGUGGGUUUCAUGCACUGCGCCAGCUUGACCGAGUUCUCGGUGCCCGAUCGCCGGCUGCCAGGGGCACACUGGCGGUACCAGUGGUGGGACCGGAAGCAGAUCGAGGCCGAGAAUCUCGGACCUCGGAAUGCUGAGGGCCAUGAGCGCACCCUGGAAGAUGUUUCCAGGGAGCUCGACAGGUCUCCUCACAUCGUCGGCAAGAUACUGCAGGACUACGACAUUGACAUUGCGAAGUUUGGCGUGGGAGAGGCAAAGACCCUUGAUCAGCUGGCUUCCGAGGUGCAGAACGGAUCUGCCCGCCUGAUGCUGGAUGCCACCACUCACAAAAAACUGGUGCGUGUGGUGGAUGUAGUAUUACUUCGACUAUACUCGUCGUCCAAGAAGGACCGCCUGUUGAUCGAAGUGGGGGAGCAGUAUCCUGAUGGGCGAAGGCGUGCUGCCUCGCGAUUGCCGGGAACGAAGAAGUUCCCUUAUGAGAAUGGACAGGAGACGGCAUUCCGGAUCUUGAAGGAUCUUCUCGGGGUGACUGCGCGGGCAGCCAACUUCGCCUUCGAAGACACUGAAGUCUACGAGGAGGAGAUGGACUCGCCCUCGUUUCCUGGAGUCAGGACCGUGUACAGAAAGGAGAUCAUGGAGGGCCACCUCAAGGCGACCGACGAGGCAACGGCGUUGCGAAUCGGACUCCUGGUCCCCGGAGGUAGCGAUUGGAGUGUCCAGGACCACAAGGGCAAUCUCAAGUCCUUUGCCUGGAUGACAGAGCAAGAAGCUCACGACAAGAAGGUGAAGCUCAUGGCCGAAGGCAGCGAGGAGGUCAGUGGCCUGGUCAUGCCUCCAGUGGGUCUCAAUGAAGAGGAUCUGGUUGCAUACCUGCGCGGCCACAGCAUUGACACCGAGAGCUUCGGCACGAGCUCCGCCAAGACCCUGAAGGACCUCUCUCGUGAGCUAACUUCUGGCCAGUCUUCAUUGCUACUCGAUGCUUCCGGCAAGGUUGUCAGGGUGGUGGAUCAGGUCUACUUGGUGAUUGUGAGUCCAUCGGACAAGGUCCUCGUCGAGGUGGCUUAUGUUACGCCCGAUGGUACCAAGCACAUGCUGAACCGCCUGCCUGGCACGAACGGCCGACCUGAUGAGAGCCAAUUUGUCACAGCACGACACCUUCUGCACAAGCAGAUCCGCAUAGAUCCCAACCAGGUGCGGCUGGACCCCGGCAAGGCCCAGAUCUGGGAGGAGUCGCGGAAGUCGCCUAGCAUGCCGAGCAUUUCGACGGUCUAUCGGCGUCGCUUUAUCGAAGCCACGGUCAUGGUUCCUUGA